AUCCAUUAUCUAUUAGGCUUUACCUUGUUUGUUUUUUUACAGAACUGCUAAUAUAAAAAAUGGGAGACUGGAACUUCCUCGGGGGGAUUUUGGAGGAGGUGCACAUCCACUCCACCAUGGUCGGCAAGAUCUGGCUGACCAUCCUCUUCAUAUUCCGGAUGUUGGUGCUGGGCGUGGCAGCGGAGGACGUGUGGAACGACGAGCAGUCGGACUUCAUCUGCAACACGGACCAACCUGGCUGUCGAAACGUCUGCUACGACCAGGCCUUCCCCAUUUCCCUCAUCCGCUACUGGGUGCUGCAGGUCAUCUUUGUGUCUUCCCCCUCCCUGGUGUACAUGGGCCACGCCAUCUACCAGCUGCGGGCUCUGGAGAAGGAGCGCCAUUGCAAGAAGGUGGCUCUCCGCCGGGAGCUGGAGGCGGUGGACGUGGAGCUGGUGGAGGUGCGGAGGAGGAUGGAGAAGGAGAUGAAGCAGCUGGAGCAGGGGAAGCUCAACAAAGCUCCGCUGAGAGGCUCUCUGCUGUGCACCUACCUGGUCCACAUUAUGACCCGCUCCGUGGUGGAGGUCAGCUUCAUGGUGGUGCAGUACUUUCUGUACGGAAACCGCCUGAAGCCUCUGUUCAAGUGUGAGAGGGAGCCAUGCCCGAAUGUGGUGGACUGCUUCGUGUCCAGGCCCACCGAGAAAACUGUGUUCAUGAUCUUCAUGCAGGGCAUCGCCUGCAUCUCCCUCUUCCUCAGCAUUCUGGAGAUCAUGCACCUGGGAUUCAAGAAGCUCAAGAAGGGCAUCCUGUCCUACUACCCUCAUCUGAAAGACGACAUGGACGAUUAUUACGUCGACAAGUCAAAGAAGAACUCAGUCGUGCAUCAGGUUUGCAUUGGCACAUCUGCGGGUCGCAAGAGUACCAUCCCCACGGCACCAUGCGGGUACACGUUGCUGUUGGAGAAGCAGGGCAACGGACCCACCUACCCUCUUCUGAACGCCUCCUCGGCCUUCGUCCCAAUAAAAGGGGACCCGGUUGCAAAGCCGGACGGCCACAAGGACGGCAAGGAGGGGGUGCCGAGCCCCACGGAGCAAAACAGCAACUCCAACAACACGAGCAGCGAGACGCGUUCCCCUCCUGCAGACAAACAGGAAGAGCCAGAGGAACCCAACCACGGGGACAUGGAGUGUGCCGCCUCUGAGUACCCCACCCUCCCCGUAGCGGACCCCUCGUCCUGCGCAGCGCUGUCAGGCAUUGUGAGGAAGUCUCGGAGGGUCAGUCCACCGUGGAACUGCUCCACUCUGGUGGAGGGGAACGGCUCGGACAGUGACUCCUACCACGGGAACAACAGCAGCGUGAAGCUCCGCAGCAGCUGCGUGGGACCCCGAGCCAGGAUCCUCUCUAAAUCAGACAUUAAGAGGCCGAGCAGGUCUCAGAGCCCGGACUCUGCGGGGGAGCUGAGCUCAGUGUCCCGACACAGCAGGGAGAGUAACAGCCCCCCCGCCUCCUCUCCAAACCGCAGAGUGUCAGCGGCCAGCAGCGGCAGCAGCAGAAGAGCUCCAACUGAUCUGCAAAUAUAAACCGUUUGCUCCGACAUGGCGACACAAACUCUCAAUAAGCCAUAUGUGGAUGCAAGUUGUUGGAACGCUAUAUUCCUGCACUUCACACAAAAACGCACAAGAUGUCAUUUUUUGCCACUAGAUAUCUCUCGAUAAAAAAUGUGACGAAUUUGGUUGUGAAGUAUCGAUGGAUCCUUGGAGUUGCCAACAUUACAGUGAUUGCAGUCAGCUCCUCACGGACAGGAUUCUGCUUUUUUUCAUCGUUCAGGAGGGGUUCACUGGAAGCCGAAUUAUCCGCAGAGCUUUCCUAUUGUUCAAAAUAAACGGACCC